UACCAUGUCAGCCGCAGCAUGUCCCAGCACUCCUCCGGUGGUGGCGGAGGAGGAGGGGGGCCCUGCCACUGCAUGCCGGAGGAAUGCGAUGCCGGCCCGGGCCGAGACUAUUACGGGGGCCACAAUGAUGGAGGUCACUUUUACCCUCCGGCGGGCCCAUCUGAAUCUCUGGCCUUGGAGAGGCACCACUCCCAUUCCCACUCCCACUCCCACUCAGGAGGGGGCACCUUUCCCCGCUCCCACCCAAGCCAGCACCCACCCCUGCAGUCAUACGACUCGUGUGAGGAUUGCUUGUCCUCUGGCCAUGGGGGUAAGAUGCACCGCAUCCCGCCCAACCUGAUGGACCAGUUUGAGAAGCAGGUGCCGUUUCACCCCGAUGGCUUCCAUACACUGCAGUACCAGCGCACAGCCAGCGGGGGCGCAGAGCAGCGCAGCGAGAGCCCUUCCCGCAUCCGACACCUGGUCCACUCGGUCCAACGGCUCUUUGCCAAGUCCCACUCUCUGGAGGCGCCAUCCAAAAGGGAAUACAAUGGGAUGAGAAGCGGGGGGGACUAUCGCAGUGAGAGAGGAGGAAGCCACAGGAGCGGAGGGGAGGAGGGUGGAGGUCACCAUUCGGGCCACCAGUCACGCUCCACCAGGAGGAAUAAGUCCCGCGAGCGCAGCAAGAGUGGAGACUCGCGGCACGAGUCAGGUAGACGCCACCGUAGCCGGACAGCAGGCUGGUGGAGCUCGGAUGACAACCUGGACAGCGACAGCAGCUUCCUGGUGAGUGGCGGUAGAAGGGGGCAUCCCAGUGGGCACGAGAGCCUGGAUGCGGCAAUCCAGGAGCUGACCAUGAAGAAACCCAAGGAGAGAGGAGGUGGGCCUCCAGGGCCAGGGCCGGGCCCGGGGCCGGGACCAGGGCCUGCGGAGUGCCUGGCCUGCACCACCAUUGCCCUGGCUGGGAAUGAAGGAAGCCACCACAGCCACCACGGGCACUCCUUAAAGCGGAGUACCUGGUCAGCCAUGACAGUUAGUCAGGCCAGGGAGGUGUACCCCUCCACCAGGGGAGGAGGCUACGACAAAGCCCUGGUGCCCCUGGAAAGCAAAAUGAAGGAGAGGACCUUCCAUUACUUGCAGGUCCCCUCUGACGAGUGGGGCGGAGGAUACCCCGGCGGGGGCGCCACCGACAGCGGAGGGGAGAUCCCGUGCCGGCGCAUGCGGAGCGGCAGCUACAUUAAGGCCAUGGGGGACGACGACAGCGCCGACUCGGACACCAGUCCCAAGGCCUCGCCCAAGACCAGCCUGAUUGCCCAGCGGGAGGCCUUCCGGCGCUCCGUCAGCAUGGAUCAGAGGUACUCCUGUAAGCAGUGCACGGAUUCCUACCCCAACAGCCGGACCACCCCCAAGAGCCACACCCGCUCUCGCAGCUAUACUCGCUCUCUGACCAGCUCACAGCUGGGGGACAGUCUGAACCGUCAGUUUGAUGCGGUGUGCGAGACCAUGUUCGGCGAGGUGGAGUCACAGGCGGUGGAGGCCCUGGACCUGCCCGGGGUCUUCCGCACCCGCAGCCACAGCUAUGUACGGGCCAUCCAGGCCGGCUGCUCCCAGGAUGACGACUGCCUGUCCGUCUUCUCUCUGUCCGGCCCUCAGGGGAGCAUCAAGAGUGGGGCUGUUUUCCCCUAUCGCAAAGGUGCUCCUCCCCCACUCCCGCCUCGCAUGUCCAAGUCCUCCUUAUCGGUGCGUGCCCAGAGCAGCACGGAGUCCACCCAGGAUGCCUACUUCCAGGGCAGCGGACAGCCGGCCACGGGCCCUGGCACCGGGCGACCCAAGAUGCACAGCAACUCUGUAGACCUGGGCGGCUCCGGGGGGCCCUCGGGCCGCACCUCCAGGGGGGGAUACUAUGCGGGACGAUCCCGGCAGCACAGCAACUCGGCAGAGAGCCUGGACGGGGGCAGGGGCUCCAGGGAGCUGGUGCCGUAUGGAGGGGGCCCAGGGGCAGUGGGAGUUAGGGCCAAACACAGCAGCUCGGCUGACAGCCUGUUAGAGGGACCCCCGCGGCCAGCCAGAGACAGGGACAGCAGAGUUGGGGGCAGCCUGGGGAAGUCGGCCUCCCUGCCCCAGAACAGCAUGGUUUUAAGUAAAGUUGGAGGAGGAGGAGGAGGAGGAGGGGGGCAAGAGGAAGGACGCGGCGGGAGGAAGUGGAGGCCGUCCAUCGCUGUGCAGGUUGACAGCUCGGAGACCCUGUCAGACUCAGAUGUGGAGGGCAAGGCUCUCAGGGAGGUCCACUCUAUAGGGGUCCAAGUGGAGGAUGACAAAAGGCGGGCCCGUUUCAAGCGCUCCAACAGUGUGACAGCUAGCGUGCAGGCAGACCUGGAGCCCGAGGGUUUCCCAGGGCUCAGUAUCAGUGUACCAACGCAGGACAAGAGCCUACAGUUUGGCUGUUCUUUCCAAAGGCAUUCGUCAGAGCCCGAGUCAGCCGGCCAAUACACAGAAUACCACCGCACCGUCCACACACAGGGACAGUGGGCCUAUAGAGAGGACUAUAUCCAGAGUGGCUAUUCCACUGAGGCCUGCCAAGCCGACCCGCGACCCCAUCAGCAUCCCCACUUGCCCCCACGCACCCAUUCCCCGCUGCCCCUUACCUCUGAGCGGGCCUGGGCGGGGACGCCGUCCCUGGAGGGCCCCCGCAGCCUGCCUGACUCGGGACGUGCAUCUCCCUGCAUGAGAGACGGAGAGUUCUUCUUACGCCUACUCCAGACAGAGGUGGAGAGGAUGGAGGGAUGGUGCCAGAACAUGGAGCGAGAGGCGGAGGAGAACGAACUGCCGGAAGAGAUUCUUGAGUUGAUUCGUAAUGCAAUCGGCAGUGCCCAGAUGCUCAUGUCUCAAAAAGUCCAGCAGUUCUUCCGCCUCUGCCAACAAAGUGUGGACCCAUCGGCAUACCCUCAGCCCAGCUCUCAGGACCUGGCAGGCUUCUGGGACCUGCUUCAGCUCAACAUAGAGGACGUCCGGGUCAAGUUUCAGGACCUCCAGAGGCUCAAGGACUCUGGCUGGAGGCUCCCACCUGAAAAGAAGGAGGAUAUGAAGCUCCCUCCUCCCUUACCAAAGAAGCCAGCAGGGGGGGUAAGCGGCAGCCUCCGGGCGGACAGCGUCGGGGAUGGAGGAGUUGGAGGCGGGGGUGGUGCUGGAGGAGGUGGGGCGAGCGGCCUGGUGGUGCCGCGUGCAGGCGGGCACACGCUGCCUGUCAGGGAGAAGUCCCUGGACCUGGGGGACCGUCAGAGGACAGAGGCCCGGAGGAGGCUGCUGCAGACCAAGCGGAGUGCUUCCUUCCGCCAGAACUCGGCCACAGAGAGCGCCGACAGCAUUGAAAUCUACAUCCCCGAAGCCCAAACCCGACUCUGA